UAUCUGCAUUGAUUUUUAUUGACAAUAUUUUUCGAUCUCGCUAGAGUCAUAACUUUAUUUUCCUCGCUCUUCUACACAAGCAAAUAAUGAAAUUCGAAUUUUAUCGAACGAUUCUGUUUAGAUUGGGAAUCAACCGAAGGGUAAUAUGUGGAAAUUGGCUAUUUUUAUAAAUUUGGUCCUCACAAGCUGCUCACUUUCAGCGAAAUCAGUGAAUCUGAUAUGUGAUGUUCAGCUAUCAGAUGGAAGCUAUGAGGAUUUCGAAUCGAUCGUGGCAGACUUACAUCAUUGCAUUCCUCCCUAUUCGGACAACGAAUUCAAGCUGACACUGAAAAACUUCUCCAUGCCAGCGUUUCCAAAUGGUUCUUUUUCACACUUAGGUCAAAUCCACAGUUUUAAACUCAGAAUCGAAGAGAAUAGCAAAAUCCAGCUGUUAUUCCCAAAUUUACCCGGUUUUUCCUUGUUCACCAAUUCGUGGUUCCAUUCAGUAGCGUUUUAUAUCUGCGAUCUCUCAGAAAUGAUAGGUUGGAGAUGGACAGCUUUAUUCGAUUUGAAUAUUUCGCCACCUGGAGGACUUGAAUUUACAGCAAUACGGUCAAAGUUGCUUUAUUUGCAUUCCGAUUUCGGGAGAGUUGCAAAUGGAAGAGUGAUUGCUGUUCGAAUUUUGAAGUGUCAAUUAAGGUGGCUUGGAGCGAAUGUUUUCGCACCACUUCGUUUUCUAAAGACACUUGAGCUGAGGGACAAUUUAUUGGAGAGCAUUGACAGAUCUCAUUUUCCCACGCAUGCGCCAGAACUGAAGAUCUUGGAUUUAGGAAACAACAAGCUGACGUCACUUCCACAGGGAUUUGUUGAUGGUUUAAACAUGGGGAAAAUAUAUUUGGAUGGGAACAACAUAAAAAUUACAGUAACACAAGCACAAACCAUUUUAAGUGCUCGGAGCUUUCCCACAUUAAUUGGUGUCCUUUGGCCCUGCUUAUGUGAAGAAUAUUCAAAGCUGAAAGAAAAAUCGCAACUUUACCAGGAAAUACAGGAAUGUUAUAAAGAUGAUGAUUUCAGCAGCAUUUAUAAAUAUCAAGAAACUUGCUUGUAACAAACU